GUCAAGGAGGAGUCAGGAGAAAACGCCCCGGUGCUGAGCGACGAUGAACUCGUGUCGAUGUCCGUGCGGGAGUUGAACCAACACUUGCGAGGUCUUACCAAAGAGGAGGUGAUUCGCUUGAAGCAACGGCGGCGGACACUCAAGAACCGGGGCUACGCGGCCAGCUGCCGGAUCAAGCGGGUGACCCAGAAGGAGGAACUGGAGAGGCAGCGGGUGGAGCUCCAGCAGGAGGUGGAGAAGCUGGCGCGGGAGAACAGCAGCAUGAAACUGGAGCUGGACGCCUUGCGCUCCAAGUACGAAGCCCUGCAGACCUUCGCCCGCACCGUGGCCCGCGGCCCCAUCACCCCUACCAAAGUGGCUGCCACCAGCGUCAUCACCAUCGUCAAGUCCGCCGAAAUCUCCUCCAGCUCCGUGCCGUUUUCGGCAGCGUCCUAAUGUCUGAGGAGGGGAGAGAACCCGCUGCCCGGCUAGAAGGGAGGACUUUGCAGAGCCCUCUUUCGCUCUCGAGCCGGACCUCCGUCUUUCCACCCCCCAAAACAAGGGAGCCAUCCAGCCACGUAGUGGCAGACUCUUCCGAAGGGCAAUCCAACCGGCUGCUUUAGCUCUCGUUCAAGGAAGCCCUUUCCGGGGGCUGAAAUUGAAAUUGCGUAUCCAGCUCGAGGAAUCCGAAGGAGGCGUCUUGCACAGCUCUUCCUUGUGGCCUCCUUUUAAGUCCCAACCGACACGAGGUAUCGAAGGAACCUGUGCUCGGUGCAAAAAUUUCAAACGGAAAACAUGGUAGAAUCAACGGGCCAGAGGAAAAAAACAAUCUCUCUUCCUCCAGUUAGGAAAAAGAGGAGGAAAUAGCAGCCCCCGUUCUUUAUAGGUUGCGGGGGAUGAAGGUUCUGGAACAGUGACUGCAUCCAAAUUUUCAUAGCCCCCCCGGGUCUUUUCUCUACAAAUGCAGAAAGCCUCUGUGUGUGAAUGUCCACCUCGUCGCCUGGUUCCCUGGCGCUGCUCCGUCCCCCGCUGGAGGUCCUUUUGGUCAGGGGGCCCAGCCACACGGAACAGCGUCCUCCGCGUCACUGAAGCUGCUUCCCAUGACGUGCCUGUGAAGAGGGGUCUCCUUUGUGAUGUUCUGGUGUGGCUUCCAAACAAUGCAUCUUGGUCUGCGUCAUCGUCCAGGUUCUACAGUAUCACACGGGUGGGGAAAUGGGAAAUAUACAGAGAGCAAGGCUGCGCGGGGCUGGAUUUGUUGGCUAGGUUGUGAGGGGAAAAAAGAGAUAAUUUACCAGAACUUAUGGAAAAAGAUAAUGCUAUAAAAUGAUGCCUUUGAAUCAGCAUCUUAGAA